CAAUACGACAGCCACACAACCUGUUGCUGUUGACUGGAGGAAGGAGCAGCAUUCACUGUCAUCACCACCACCACCGCCAGCAAUCAUCACAGCAGCGACGACGACAAGCAGCGACCGGACGUUGGACGUGUGAAAACAAACAAGAUGGCAGGAACUGGUGUGGGUGCGGCUACAGCAGCACUGGCGCUCAUGUGUGUUGUACUGGCAACACCCUCAGCGGCGGCAGCGCACGUUUUGGAUCUGCACGCACUCCAGCGCGCGACGAACAUGAAAAUUGUGCGCCUCUCGGAUGGCUCCGAGGCAGUAGCUGAUCCGAAGAAGCCGCAGGUCCCACCCCGUUUUCAAUCGUCCAUCAUGGCCAUCGCCAAUGACUUUCCAGAGGGCGAGGGCCUCUUCUUCUACGACCUCGAAAACAAGAACGCCAUGUACAACACAUCGCGACUGGAGCCCAUCACCAGCUACACGCUCAACACCAGCUUCUACUACCUGCCGGAUGUCAUGUACUACGUCGCCAACGACGUGUGCAAGCCCAUCCGAGACGGCACCUUCUACGACAUGUUCGACUGGGUCAGGUCCUCCAAAACAAAGUACCAAGGCAAGCUCCAGAUUGACGGGCGCACGUGCGACCAGUGGCUGUUUGUUGCGCCCACGGCCACCCUCACCAUGUGCACCGACGGCAACACCCCCGUCCUCCAGUCCGUCUACUCCGACUCCACAAAGACCUCGCAGUCGUUUGUGUUUCACAAAGACUUUGCACCCCACCCGGACCCCUUUGACAAGAGCAUCUUUGACCCUCCACACGAGUGCAACGAGACGCCCGAGGUGUGCCCCGGCCCCGAGGAGGUCGAGACGCUGGACGCGUACAUCUUCCACCCAAAGAACACAACCGGCGACAUUGUCAACCAGGAUGUGGCUGACCUGCUUGGCGAUGUUGUGUUCAUCUGCACAGAUGCCCUGAGCAACCACACCAGCCAGGACCAGUACGAGUACGUGUCCCACUACAAGAUCGACGUCGUCAACAAGUGGGGCCAGUACGAGCAAUGCAACGGGUACCCUGGCGCGUGCAUCGGGGACCAGCUCCCGCCCGUGGGGCGUGAGGCGUCCUUUGGCAUCAAGACACGCGGCGGGCAGUGUACCAACAACACUGACGUCGGCUCGUGGUUCUCGCUGCCGGAGUCUGGGCUGUGUCCACCGGGGGAGAAGCUCAGCCUGGCCAACAACUGCACGUGGCGCAUCAACACGCGCGUGAAGACGAUUGACGGCAAGUGCCUGCUGAAGGACCAGGGCAUGUUGCAGUCGUGCGUGAAGGAGGCGCACGUGCCGUUCCCGCGCACAACAGAGAUCCUCGUCAAGGCGUUUAAGCACGACGACAAGAAGAAGGGCGGAUGCCCCAACGUCAUCUGAUGUGACGCGGUGUGACGUGGUGUGACGUGAUGUGAUCGCACACGCUUGGCCCAUGUUGCUUCUGGAAGGAAUGUUGUCUGUUUUGAUGUGGUUGUGUGGGAUAGCCGUUGGCGUUGAUGCGUCGUAUGCCUGUGUGCUUGCUUGUAUGUGUGGCCUGUUCUUCUGUGUCGCUGGCUGUUGGUAGUGCAAUCAAUUAGCUUUCGUGUUCUGUAUGAAUGCAUGUGAUGCGCGUGUGUCUGUGUGUGUGUGUGUGUGUGUGUGUUGCUUUU